AUGGCUGAUGGGGCCAGGCCCUGGAAGAAGCCUGGGGGGUUGCUGCGGCUGCUGCUUUGCGCCGCCCUCACCUUGCCCCUUUUCGACCGCUGCCAGUAA